AUGAUAAUAAGAAGCUUGCACCUGCGGCAUGGCCGCCUCGCUCUACCCAAAUCUUCCACCCCCAGUGGUACCCUCCGUCGACGAGCCUUUACCACCACUCCUCUCCUGCGACAGCAACAGCAGCAGAGCAAUGUCCACUCUCACGCCAAAACGCUGCCAUCAGAAAUUCGCGACUACAACGACCCGGUAGCACAAGACUUCGCCUUCUUCCACCACCAGAAAGCACAUACCCAACAUGUGGGCUCCUCCCUUGCUCCGCAUUACCGGUCUCAUGAACUGGUCGCAGAUCCUCCGCGACCGCAGGAUAUCACGCUGCAACUCUUGAUGGCAAGCCAGUCACACAUCGGUCACGCGACAAGUCUGUGGCAUCCAGCGAACGCCAAAUACAUCUUUGGCGUUCGCGGUGAACACGAUCCCAUACACAUCAUCAGUCCAGACAUCACGGCUGCAUACUUACGGCGCGCAUGUAAGAUCAUCCGGGGUGUUACAUCAAGAGGUGGGCUUGUGCUGUUCGUGGGAACUAGAGAAGGUCAGGCGCGUGCUGUCGUCAGGGCGGCAGAGCUAUCGAAAGGAUGCCAUCUGUUCACAAAAUGGAUCGCUGGUAGCAUUACCAAUGGUCAGCAGAUCCUCGGUGCAUGCGCGAAGAAAGUUGUGGAUGAGAACGAUAAACCAAUUCCUGGUUUUGGCGACCAGCUCCCGCAGACUGCGGCGCUCAAACCGGAUCUCGUGGUCUGUUUGAACCCGCUUGAGAACUACAUCCUACUGCAUGAAUGUGGGCUACACAACAUUCCAACAAUCGGCAUUGUCGACACCGAUGUCAAUCCGACCUGGCUAACGUACCCUAUUCCUGCGAACGACGACAGCCAGCGGUGCGUGCAGGUCAUCUGCGGUGCACUUGGACGAGCUGGAGAAGAAGGCCAGAAGAUGCGUUUGGGAAGAGCUAGGCAGGGUGUCGUAGUGAGCAUGCCGUCUCACGGCCUCAACCCACCCACAGAAGGUCAAGCAGAACGUGAUCUGGAGCUGGAGGAGAGGGCUCGACUAGCGGAGGCCGCGAUUCAAGAAGAGCUGAUGAUCGAAUCUGAAGCGGCAGCCGCCGAGCACGCACGACAGCGUCGUUCUCUGCCUAACCCAGAGGCCCAGGAUGCCGACUUUGCUGAGCUGGCGGCGCUGGAAGACGGUGUGUCUGUGGACACCUCGAUGUUGGACCGGUCAUUGAAGCGGGAUCAGUCGGACGAUGAGUACGACCUGGAAGAAGACAUUGUGCAAUCGUACCAACACGACCAGGCUCUGAGCCGAGAGGAGCUUGCUGAAGUCCCUCUAACAGCUGACACGACCGGGUCUGGUGAGGCGUCAUCCGAAAGCAUGGAUGAAGCAUCAAGAAGGGAUGAAAGAGGGUAG